AUAUAUUGAUAAUGUGUCUUAUCGCUUCAUUAUAUACAAUUCGUGACGGAGAUAUAACCUUAGCCGAGGAGGAACGAGAGUGCGCUUGAUAGGUGAUUAGGAAGAUGUUAUGGAAAUGGAUUUUGUUUUUGGAAGUGAUUUUCGUUUCCAGAAGUGUCAAAAGCGAUUGGUUCGACGAUAUCGAUAGCGGAGGAGAAUCUUUUUCCGGAUGGGCAAGCGGAGAUGGAAACGAAGCAUUAUCAUCUCGAGAGCAGACAAAUAUCUCUAAUUACUUGUCGGAUGGAGAAAGUAGUGGAAAUUAUCCUUUGGCUGUUGGAAUUUCUGAAGGCCAUCGGACUUUUGACGUGUCUUAUUGGGAAUCUGUAUCAACUACGAUAAUAGAAGAGAAAAUAGAAAGUGUGUUCGAAGCCCGGAAAAUAGACGAGAGUCGUUAUUUCUACUUCGAUCAAACUGGAAUGUAUAAACUAUUUAACGUCACUCCGGCUGAUGAAAUCUGCGAUAAUCCUAUACAAAUAGAAUUUCUCGACUUUGAAAAUAGUACUUAUUUUAUUUGUUCUACUCGAGAUUCUUUAAUAAUAGGAAAAAUUAAUGAGGGGAUUGAAAAGCGACAUCCUUUAGAAAAUCUUGAAGACCCAAGAUUCGCAUGUUUAGAACAGAAUGGCAACUUUUUGUUUUAUAUUGUCAGCAGAAAUAUAUGCAGAUCUUUCAGCUAUAACACCAAAACUAGAGAGAUCGAAAACGAUGAGGAAUACUAUGUUAAGGAAAAUAAAUAUGCUAGUGCUGUAGCUAUGUGGAAAACAGAAUCUGGUAAUUACGGAUCUGCGGUGGCUAAUUAUGCAGGCGAGAACAGCCUUAGUUUUAAAAGUGUAACAAACUUCUUCACUUGGAAAAGAAAUUACUUUGAUAGAGAUCCUUACAAUGUCACUUCUUACGACGUCAGCGAUCUGGAGGUCUUUCGUAUCCAUAGCAGUCUAUUUUUAGCUAUAGCCAAUUACAGAAUUGCCGAAAAUCGUUAUCGUGUUGAUUCCGAGAUCUACAAAUUCAACAUCCAUACUGAAAAAUGGGAAAGUCGACAGAAAAUAGAGACGACGGCGGCAAAAGACUUCGAAUUCUUCACAUUUGGAGAGGGUGAUCAUAGAGAAUUCUUUUUAGCUGUAGCUAGUGAAUUAGUUUAUGUUAAAGGUCAAAAAAAUUAUAAAACGGACUCCAUAAUCUAUAAAUUUGUGAAGAGGAAAUUCGUUCCUUUUCAGUGCAUCGAGACUGUACGCGCCAGACAUCUAUCUUCGUUUAAAGGCUUAAAAGGCGAAUUUCUUUUGGCUAUAGCUACAAUGGAAAGUAUAAGCCUGUAUCAAUAUAACGGAUGGAAGUUUGUUAAAACUCUAUCCUUUCAAUACUCCCAUGGGGAGUUGAAUAAUGGCAUUUCUCAUCUCUCUCUUCAUACCCUAAUAUAUCCAGACAAGUUACAACCUACUUUAAGUUUAGCUAAUAUUCGUGGUGGUGGGAAGACAUUCUCGUUGUGGUUUCGACACGAAAACCAUAUAAAAAGAUGGUACGAAGAGAAUUUAAAACGAUGUAACGAAAUGAAAGAAAUUGCUUAUAGUAAAAAAGUGGAAUACGUGUUAAAUAAAUUUAAGCACGUUUAUUUAGUCGAUCAGGAUGAACCGAUAAUUCUAAAUAAAAACGUGACGUUAGAAAGUGAAAUGGCAGCUACCACAGUCGUAACACAAACAAUAAUCGAAAGAUCAACUAAUAAAAUGAUAACGGGACUCAAAAAAGAUAUAAUAGAUAUAAAAGAGAGACUUCAAAGGAUAAGUCAUAAAUUGGCUGAUCUUCAAGAUAACUUGAAGAAAAUUUUGCUACUAAAUGAGAAACAAACCGUAACAGGUUAG